GAUUCCCAUUCUAUCAUGUUUCUUGUGGAAACAGUUUUCGACGGCGACAUCAAUGUACUUCAAAUGUUACUGAAAUCUGGAGUUGAUGUUAACGUUCUGGAUGAAAAUGGAGAACCUCUGUUAUUUACUCCAAUUGUUAAUGGUGAUAUGGAUACUCUUAAGCUUCUACUAGCCUACACUGAUGUUAACAUGAUGAACGACGACUGCAGGACAGCUUUGAUGAUCGCAGUUGAAAUGGGCGAAAUCAACAUGGUGAAAAAAAUUAAUCAAAUCAGGUGCAGAUGUAAACAGGAAAGACAUCUCUGGAAAAACUCCUUUAUUGAAAGCUCUGGAGGAUGGUAAUUUCAAAAUUGCAGAAUACCUGAUCAAGCAUGGAAGUGACGUCAAUGUGAUGGACAAUCUUGGUCAGUCUGCCCUGCACCUCAUUGCAACAGGAGAACAUAAUGAUUGUACCAAAAUUGUCAAAAUUCUGUUAAACUGUGGAUAUGUGAUGAAAGAUACAGAUAAUUGGCUUUGUCCUGAAGACCUAAUAUCUAAUCCAAAAUUGCAAUCCAAAUAUUUCAAAUUGAUGCACAAAGUGAAAAAGUCAUUAAAGGCUAUCUCGGAAUGUGACGUUAUAAUUCCAGUGAAAUCUUGAAUACAUUUUCCAUGAACAAUCUGUACCUCAACAGAUGAAAAAGGUUCUCCUUCCAGGAAGAAAUGCCAGUGGAAAGCAGGAGGAAAUUGUAUGAGUUAUGAGUAGAAGGAAUUUGAGACUGCACAAAUAUUCUGCUGACAGGUUCAAGUUGUAAAGAUGGUUACCAAAGAGUCAUCUAACGCAGAUUCUGUACUUUCUUUGAACCAUGCGGGGUUUAUGUAUUAAAACAUUAAAUACAUGUAUUAUGUAAAGAUUCAUGUUUUAACACAGAUGUCAUAUCAAUAUUUGACCUAAAAAAGACAUUGAAAGGUUUAUGAUCAACUGAGAGAAAAACUUGUAUUUAAGGGGAUUUAGUAUGAAUAAAAGUAAAAUAAUCACAA